AUGUUCAGCUGCUGUCAUUCGCCAGCCUCGGUGCUGUCGCUGAGCCGCUGGAGCAUGGUGCCCUGGUCCCGUAGCCUGGAGCCUGGAGCUUGGAGCGCCGCUCAAACUGUGGCCGCUGUUGUUGUUGCUGCCAAAAAAGAAAGUGUACAGCGCAUGCGCGAGGACAACGUCACUGGGAGGACCGCUGCUCCGUCCUCUUCGCGACGGCUCCGGAGCGGCACCUCCCGCCGACUGAAGCGGCUUGGCCUGUGGCUGACGGUGCCCGUGCUGGAGUUGGUGUCUACGGGAAAGGCCUACGAUAAGUGCCAGGACAAGUUCUGCAACUGUGGGUUGGUUCUUCCAUUAGCUCUCUGGUGUCUGACUGUCUUCUCCACCAUGGCGCAUCGCUCUCAGAGUUCAUCCGUUGGUGAUAACCCUUUAGAUCCAAACUUCCUGCCUCCACACUAUCGUGAAGAGUACCGCAUUGCUAUUGAUGCGCUCAUAGAAAAUGACAUACAGGGCUAUUUGGAGUUUCUUCAAAACACAGAUGUUCCUAGUUUCUUGGCCGAACCAGAAAUUCAACACAUCAAGUGCACAAGCCAAGGUCCAAACCACAGCUCUAGUGUGACUGACUUAACAUAUCACGAAAGAGGGUUGGAGGAUGAGGGUUCCUCCGACACAUACUGGCCCAUAGAGUCAGACUUGGCAGCCCCUGGCCUGGAUUUGGGUUGGCCCCUUCCACAACACUGUUUCAUUGGGCCAACAGAAGUCACAACUUUGGUCAACCCUUCAGACCCGGAUAUGCCAAGCAUUAAGGAACAAGCCAGAAGACUCAUCAAAACUGCACAUCAUGUGAUUGCUGUCGUGAUGGAUAUAUUUACAGACAUUGAUUUAUUUAGUGACCUUUUAGAAGCAGCAGCUCGACAUGUUCCUGUUUAUAUUCUCCUUGAUGAACAAGAUGCGCCACAUUUUGUCUCUAUGGUUAAUAACUGCAAAGUUAAUUUGGAUUUAAUUCCUAUGGUGCGAGUCAGGACUGUUGCAGGGAUACCAUACUACUCUAGGACUGGAAAAAGCUUUAAAGGACAGGUUAAAGACCGCUUUUUACUGGUGGAUUGUAGAGCUGUACUCAGUGGAAACUACAGUUUCAUGUGGUCCUAUGAGAAGAUUCACCGCAGUAUUGCACACCUCUUUCUUGGGGAACUUGUAAAAACAUUUGAUGAAGAGUUUCGCAUCUUGUUUGCUCAGAAUGACCCCUUUCGUCACACCAUUGAACCUAGUGCAGGAAUAACAAUAGGGAAGUAUUCACAGCAACAGUUUCGCCUGCAGCAGUCCUUUCUGGAACAAGGGAGGUCCAUUGUUUCCAGGCAGGUGGAGAUGGGAAGCAGCGUAUUCAAGAGACACAGUUAUGCAGAGGGAACCCAAGAAAACUACACGUCUUCCAGACAAUUCAUGAAACAUAGAGUUAUGAACAAUUUGGAUGAGACAGACUUUCACAGGGAGCAGGUGGUUUCAAGUCAAUUCUACAGUGAAGCUAAUAGCCAAAAGAAUAGGCAGGAGAGGGGGGAAGAAUCUGGAGGAGACAGCGACAGUGCAGACAAAGGACAGGAGAAAACGGGUUCCUUAAGACGAAACCUUUUUUUGAGACCCCACAGCAGCAACCAGGAGCGGGAAGGCUUGCUCAAAAGAAUUGAAAGCAUGAGGAAGGAGAAGAAAGUCUACAGCCGCUUUGAGAUGGGGAAUAGCCUUGGAUAA